UGUUGUUGAUACAGAAAUCCCUUUGAUUGUAUAAUUUGGCACUGUUGAUAUUUUUAGAGCACAUUAAUGACUAUGCCAGCACUGGAACAUUCUACUUUCUCAACUAUGACUCUACAGCAAGAGUACCUACCAGCUGAAUCAAAUAUUCUCAGUGUUCCACGAGAGAGCACAUCAGCGACUGAGCCAGCACAAAAUUCUGGUUCCUUGACUAUGAUUCUUCCUGUUGAACCAAAUAAUUCAAAUGCUUUGCGAGAGAGCACAUCAACGACUAUACCAGCACAGGAACAUUCUACUUCCUUAACUAUGACUCUACAGCAAGAGUGCUUACCUGCUGAACCAUAUAUUCUCAGUGUUUCACGAGAGAAUUAUCCUGGAAUUGGAGCAGAUGAAAAUAUUCUAUCAACAGUUAAUUCUCCAAGAAAACGGCGGCUACAACAAACUCUCAACAAAAAACAAAAUAUUAUUAAAAAACAAACACGAGAGCUUAAGACAUUGAGGCAGAAAGUCAAACGACUUCAAAAUAGAAACAGAUCCCUAAAGGACAUUUUAAAGUCCCUAAAAGACAGUAACUACGUUGAUACUGAGACAUUUAAUAAACUAAAGGACAACUUAGUUCCUGUCGACUUAUUCAAUAACAUGAACAGGAAAAAACAAAAAAAGAACAUUAAAUAUACCCCUGCAGUAAAGAAGUUUUGUCUUACGUUGAAUUAUUAUUCACCAAAAGCUUAUAACUACGUAAGACAAACAUUCAAUACGUGCCUUCCUCAUCUUAAGACUCUGUCUAAGUGGUAUGGCCAUAUAAAAGGAGAUCCAGGCUUUACUGAGGAAUCCUUUCAGGUAGAGAUGAGACGUAUUUACUAGAACAGAUCCACACACUAGGUAUUUUACAGUAC